AUGGAGUCACUUUAGCUCCCUCAGGUCUCACAAAAGGGAGCGGCCCAAUUCCAGGAAUUGCUCUUAAAAGCCAACUAGAUCUAUAACUCCAUGUGCUGUCCGUUUGUCUUGACAAAUGCUAAUUAAAUGGUAUUUGGAUUAUCAGACACACGACAGUGCCAGUGUGCAAACACACUUUACAGCUUUGAGCCCCAGGUGGCGACCCCCGCAAAUCUAGCCUGCCCAACGUUGGAGCUACAGCGCGAACCAGAGAGAAGUCGGUCCUUCCAGCUGCCUAGGCGCCCCUCAAGCGGUCCAGGAUCCUGCACAUGGCACUGACUGGAGCCUCCGACCCCUCCGGAGAGGCCGAAGUUGGCAGCGGGGAGAAGCCCUUCCUGCUGCGGGCCCUGCAGAUCGCACUGGUGGUCUCUCUCUACUGGGUCACUUCCAUCUCCAUGGUGUUCCUCAACAAGUACCUGCUGGACAGCCCCUCUCUGCAGCUGGACACCCCCAUCUUCGUCACCUUCUACCAGUGCCUGGUGACCGUGCUGCUGUGCAAGGGCCUCAGCGCCCUGGCCGUCUGCUGCCCGGGCACCGUGGACUUCCCCGCCCUGCGCCUGGACCUCAGGGUGGCCCGCAGCGUCCUGCCGCUGUCCGUGGUCUUCAUCGGCAUGAUCACCUUCAAUAACCUCUGCCUCAAGUACGUCGGCGUGGCCUUCUACAACGUGGGCCGAUCGCUCACCACCGUCUUCAACGUGCUCCUCUCCUACCUGCUGCUCAAGCAGACCACUUCCUUCUACGCCCUGCUCACCUGCGGUGUCAUCAUCGGUGGCUUCUGGCUGGGGGUAGACCAGGAGGGGGCUGAGGGCACCCUGUCUCUGAUGGGCACCAUCUUCGGGGUGCUGGCCAGCCUGUGCGUGUCGCUCAACGCCAUCUAUACCAAGAAGGUGCUCCCGGCGGUGGACGGCAGCAUCUGGCGCCUGACCUUCUACAGUAACGUCAACGCCUGCGUCCUCUUCCUGCCCCUGCUCGUGCUGCUCGGGGAGCUCCGGGCCCUCUGGGGCUUUGCCCAGCUGGGCAGUGCCCACUUCUGGGGGAUGAUGACGCUGGGCGGCCUGUUUGGCUUCGCCGUCGGCUAUGUGGCAGGACUGCAGAUCAAAUUCACCAGCCCGCUGACCCACAACGUGUCGGGCACGGCCAAGGCCUGUGCCCAGACGGUGCUGGCCAUCCUGUACUACGAGGAGACCAAGAGCUUCCUGUGGUGGACCAGCAACCUCAUGGUGCUGGGCGGCUCCUCCGCCUACACCUGGGUCCGGGGCUGGGAGAUGAAGAAGCUUCAGGAGGACCCCACCCCUAAAGAGGAUGAGAAGAGCACCGUGGGGGUGUGAGCUUCCUGGCGACGGGGUGGGGAGGCCCCAGGUGGCAGCGGAGUGGCACAGAAGGCUGUCCCCAUGGCCAGAGGGUGGCACGCCAGUCGGCACUGUUUACAAACCUGCGGGACCGAGGUGGCUGGAGAGGAAUGUUAGGAAGUUGCCCAACAUGUCUGUCCCGGCCCGUUUCUGGAUUACCCCACUGGGCAGAGCACCCCCUCCGGCCCCUCCCAGGGCCUCUCUACCUCCGCUUCUCCUCUGGGAUUGGGCCAGCCUUCACUUAUACUCAGGGGACACGGGGUGUGACCCCAUCACAGCCAGCUUAAGGGGACUGGGAAAGCCCCCUUCCCCAGGGCCUGCAGGAAGCGUGGCUUUGGCCCCAGCCCGCUUUGGGGGGGAAACGUGGGCUGACAGUGCAAGCAGAUCAGUGUCUCCUCUUUUUCCCCAACACAGUGGGGCCACGGAAGAGCAUUAGAGUCUGUUGUACCCGUGACCGACCCUGGACCCGCAGUGGCGGCUGGGAACAGAGUAGAUGAAAGCACCCACCGUGUGUCCGCGUUUGCAGUUUCAGAACAGGGAGGAGCCACACAUCUACAAGUUAAGUAGGGUCGUGAACCCCGCCCCUAGCUCCGGCCCCACCCCCAUGGCCCUGCCACCCGGGCUCGGGUCUCCCAGGACCUAACACGGCCACUCAGCUCAGGCACCAAUCUCUAAAAGGGGAGCUGGUUCUCCCCGCUCUGCCUCCCCACUCCUGAUUCUGAGCCUCUUCCGUGAUGAAGUGAUAAAUGCAUUUCCCUUCCUUCCUGAGGUCGGGGCUGAAAGAUACCGCUUGUCCCAAGCCUUAGUCCCUCACACAUCGGGCCAAUGUGGGCCAGACGCUGGGUUCUCACAGCCCUGGUCCAAGCUCAAGGCCCCACUGGGGCAGGCAGGGUUUUCUCUGAGUCCGCAGUGUAGAAGCACAAACUCCCCUCAGGCCUCUUCUAGAAGAGCAGGAUCCUCUCGUGAGGCUCCACCUGUCACCACCUUCUCGAGGGUGAGGACUCCGAAGUGAAUUUGGGGAGACACAUUCAGGCCACAGCACCCCUCUGUCAGCCUCUGCACCUCAGGGUGGCUUUCACUCCACCGUCCCUCCUGCUGGACAUCUUGUACCGCCCAUCUUGGGGUGGUUUGCGAUGUUUUCAGUCCCUGUAGUGAGCACUGGGGAGAGUGGAUCUUCUCAGCCCCUCCUUCCUGCCCCCACAGCCCCGGGUGAUUUCAGUGAAGUCACUGGGGCCUGAUGCCCCUCGCUGUGUGUGAUUUAAUAAAAAGCCUGAGGAAGACCCCGUGUUUGUGGACUGAGUGA